GAUCACUAUGUCACUGAUGCCCCCUCGGCAAAAUGUCCAUAUUGCCGUAACAAUAUGAGUGCCAAACUUUCAUGGGUUGUUGGGCCAGCGGUGUCAUCCUCGUCCGAGACAUCCGGCAUUGAGGGUGGUUAUGUGAAAGGCGUUGUGACAUACAUGGUGAUGGAUGAUCUGGUCGUGAAGCCUAUGUCCACCAUUUCUUGUGUUACUCUCAUCAACAAGUUCAAUGUGCAGGAACUUGGGGAUGUUGAAGAGAAGGUGGUAGAUUUUGGGAUGGAUGAGGCCAUAAAGCUGUUGGAUGCUUCUUUGCACUCCAAGAAGGUGCUCACAGACAUAUUCUUCAGUAAGAAGGAAGCAUCUGCAUGAUGAUCCAUUUCAAGAUAACUGCCUCUGCUAUUUCUCUAUUAACGGCUUUAUCUAUUUUAUUUCCAUUUGCGUGAGAUUUCGGCGAGUCCACUGAUUCCAAUUGUAGUAGCACGGUUGCCAAUUACGCUUUUUCUUUCAGUUAUUAUCAGCGUGUGGUGUUUGGUUUAUGAGAAU